AUUAAAUUAAGCUUAAAUUUAAAGCAGCUGCUGAAUCCACAGUUCACUGCUGUCUGUUUGCCUCCAUCUAGUGACUGAGUCUUUUAACUGCACACAGACUUUAUACACUGCUUCCUACAGAUGACUGAGUACAUAAGUAAUCACAGGGUAGAACAUUACGUGAGUCUGACAUUAGAAUUUACUCCAUAGUUUGGAGAUGACGAGCGAGUACCUAAAGAGAAAUAAAAUCCAGUCAGACAGCCUAGGCAGGUUCGUCCAAAAACCUUUGACCCAAUGAGAGACAUCCUCGUCAUCCUCGUCUCACUCAGACAUACACACAAACACACACUCACAGGUUUAAGAUGAGUCGGCCGGUGCAGAGGCAGCCUCAGGCUCUGAUUGUUUCCUCUGAUGCAGCUGAAUGGGCUUCUGGGGUCUGUGACUGCUGCAACGACAUGACAGAUUGCUGCUUUGCCUUCUGGUGCUGUCCCUGUUUCGCCUGUAAAACCACUAAACAGUUCGGUCAGUGUCUCUGUCUUCCCCUGCUGGAUGUCUUUGGGUGCAUCCGUCCAAUCACCAUGUCCAUGAGAGUCUCCGUACGUCAACACUACGGCAUCAAAGGCAGUUUGUGCAGCGACUGUUUGUGCUCCACCUUCUGUGUGCCCUGCGUCUGGUGUCAGAUGGCCAGAGAGAUGAAGGACAGGCAACUCCCCACCACGCUGGGUGACAUCAUCCACCGAUGAUGACAUCAUCGCUGUAACAUUAAUUGCUGUGACAUCAUCACUGUGACUCAACCCUGUAUUGUUUACAUGUUUACCAAACGUUCCUUUACUUGUAUUAAUUGUCUGCUUUGCACAUUCUUGUAUUUUGCUUUAAUAUUUAUCAAACAUGGUUGUUUUUUAUACUUUUUCAUUCAUUUAGUUUGAUGCAUUGUGUAUGUUUUGUAGUUUUUUCCCAACACAUUAUACUCUGCACUAAUUAAGGACAGGCAAAACAUUUUUUUUUUUUUCAUGCACUGGUCAAUUUUUAGAUUUUGGGCUAUUUUGCUUCAAAAACAUGUCCUCUUCCAGACUAAUGAAAAAAACAACAUAUGUUUUACUACACUUUGUAUUUGCAUCUGUAGAUUUCUCCUUAAAGUCUCCAAAAGUUAGCAUUAGAUAACGCCUAAUGUUUUGCAUGUUUAAACAUACAAUUUCAGAAACCUUGUAAUACAAAAAUGAUUGUCUUAUGUCCAUGGUGAUAUAUAUUAGUUAACAUGUUUGCCCUAUUCACCUGUAGUGUCUCCCUUUAAGGAUUAAUCUUUAUAGGCUACUCAGUAAAAUACUAAAAUCACCUUAUUUACUGAGAGCACUUUUUAAGAAAGAAAGAGAAGAAACACCGUACACAGAGGAGGAAAGAAUAGAUAUAGAUAUAGAGGAUCUUUGAUAUAGCCUAUAUAAAAAAAGCAGACUGAGGCUCUGAGAACAGUUUUUAUUUUACGAUACAAUCUCAGGGACACAGUGCAGUAAUGUGGCAGCCCGGUCCUGGAUUUUGAAAGGUCAGGUUGUUGUUACCCUCCGGUCCGCUUGGGGCGGUGCAUAACAUUCAUGGCGCGAUGUAGUCUUCUCUGUUCAGGAAAAACUAGAAGAAGAAACGCAAACACGUGUGGUUUCCUUUUACAGUGUGGUGUGUGCAGUGUCCGAAUAAAAGAAAUCGGAUCAAAACCGAC